AUGCCGAAAAUAGAGAAAGGUCCGGCCCACCGCCUUUUUUUCGACUCGGAUGUAGGCGAAGCUCGAAGCUCUUCAUGGUCCGCUAAAGAUGACGAGAUACUCAUCCAAGCCAGGGCUCAAGGUCUCAACUGGAAUCAAAUAGGACCAAAGCACUUCCCAUCAAAGACGCCUAAUGCCUGUCGUAAGAGACAUGAGCGUCUCAUGGAGCGACAAAACGCAGAACAAUGGGAUGGUGUCAAGUUAGAUGUCCUUGCCCAAGCGUAUAUGGAAGUUCGUCGGGAUAUGUGGUCUAUGCUUGCUGCUCGAGUUGGAGAAAAGUGGCAGCUAGUUGAGACGAAGUGUAUGGAGAAAGGCUUGAAGAAUCUUAGCCAAGCUUAUCGCAGCGCACAAAAAAAGCUACAGCACGGAACAUACCAUGACUUUGAAGACAGCGCGAUCGGCACCACAGAUCUCGAAGAAGAACAAGACGAUCAUCAUGUAGACCUGCACACACUGUCCGCAACACCCGAUACUCAUUACUCCGCAUACACAACCUGCGCCAUGGAGUAUCGACAACAGCUACCGAACAUUCAGUCUAUACGGACUAGUUCAUCCUUACCUCACUCUGAACGUCCCCUACAGCAAAGUUUGGGUAUGGUACACUCAGUCAACCACCUUCGAUUACCUACCCCGUACAUCGAACCUAUAAAAUACUCGGACACGGUGGAGCAUCCGAAAUCGCAUAGCGAAGUGACUGUACCUGGCUCCGCUUCUCUAACCUACACCAAUCCGGCUAGAAGUGGCGAUCAGGCUAGGGUUACACAAAAGAAGGUUGCGAACUUCAACAGAGUGAGAGAUUCGAUUGAACGCCUCAUCAAAACGGAAGAUGUGGAAGUUACGUCUCCAAACAACCUGUUUGCUGGGGAUGUGCUUGGUCAACAUCAGGCAACUCGAACACAGAAUAGCGUUUGUAGCGGUGCUGAGUCCAUGCCUAACACUGAUAAACGGGGCUUGCAAAGUCAAUAUAGCGAUUCAUACCCGAGAUUCCAAUCCAACAACGGCUCACUUGCGGCGAUAAAGCCUUCUUCCGAGAGUGCGGUAGCAGCGUCCACGCCACCUGGGAACGAACGUCUCAACGAACUCAAGCAAACCGCAAGGGGGCCUGAUCUGCUUCAUCAGGAAAGUACAACUGCUUGCAAGGAGGAGGUGUUGGACCGACUGAUGUUGCAUUUCCACGACGUAUUUACCACCCGUGGCUCUGAAAUACAUAAUCGGGGUGCAAGCUCUGAGACGUCAAGUUCUCCCAAAUAUUCAUCCGAUAAGCCUCAAGGAGACUCAAAAUCGCGUACAGUAAAGAGAGGCCUCGAUGCGCUACGCGCAGAUGACGAACAGGACUAUGGUAACGACGACAAUAACGACGACGAUGACGAUGGCUCUCGAAAGCGGCGAAGAAAAUCCGAGAGCACAACCCCUUCAAAGACCGGGCAUCGCGGGCUUGUUCUGGACCAGGGUUUCUUACAAUUGCUAAAGUCAAAGAUCAUCUAUAUCGUGUUCAUCAUCUACCGCCUCACUGUCAACGUUGUUUCACAACAUUUGAACAUGAGACACAAUGCGAAGCCCAUAGAAGGGUUUAACAACGAGCAGCUCCUGAAGCUGAAAAACAAAAAGAGCAUGCACCAAGCUGGUGGCGAGGAAAACCAAUGGAAGUUUGUUUAUUACAUUUUGUUUCCAGACACGGAACUCUUCGAGUUUCCCUCUCCAUACUACGAUCACGAUAGCGAUGUAGUAGCACGACCGUUUAAACAGCCUUCUCCGAAGCCACCCGACCUCACACAGUUCGACGCUUUUCUUUGUCGCGAACUACCAAGGAAGGUCAGAAAGGCUUACGAGGCUGCCAUGGAGAACGAGGACAUGCCGAUGGAAGAGACAUUGAGAAACGAGAUGGAGAAUAUCGUGAAAAGAUGUCUCCAAAACUUGUCAAGAGCUUAUCUCGAUAGCGUACGAACGCCAGCGAUACAAACACCCGGAACGACAACGCCAAAGCAAGUGGGAUCUGCUUUCAGCUUGACCAACCAAGCGCAAGAUCAGCGACGGGACUCUGGCGUCGAAGUGAGGAAUCUAUGCUAUCCGCAGUCAGAUCUUGUGCCCUCGUACUGGCAUGACGCCCCGACCGCAUCGCCCUGUUUCAACCUCCCAGGAGGCGCGCAUCUAGCAGAUUGGGCCUGUGAAUCACAGUCCGACCUUCUGCAAAGUUCUUUAUUCGACCCCACAUGGCUCGACACAGCACUGACAGGGGGCGACGCAUUGGAAGCCAACCGCGUAUUCGAGUUUGCGGAGCCUGCCAAAGUACAGCAUGACACAAGCGAUCGAGCCAAAGAAUGGCUCGGUAGAGGAGCAGCAGCAAACUGA